CUUUCCUUCUUAACUUCUUCAUCAUCUGUCUUCCCCUUCCGUCAGAUGUGAAGCGAAUGGAGGAUCCAUUAUUCAAGUCUGUGUGCACACUACUACCAACUAGCUAGACUUGGCUCGCGAUGCUGGGGGGUGGUAUACGAUACAUUAUUAGUGUAUUGAUACUUUGAUUAUUAUCACGAUUAUUAUUAUGAUUUCUAGUAUAUGUCCUAUUAUCACCAUCGUUACCGUCAUCGUCAUCGUUGUUAAUGACUCCAAGCUGUUGGGGGCGAUCUGGAGGUGGGGCCCGCCUGGAACACGGCCCCUUUCACAGGCGGGGAUGACAAGUCAUCCAAAUCGGACAAGUCUUCUGUGACUGAUCAUAGCGGAAGAUAGGAAAUCAGAAACGAGGCAAGUCGGUGGAGGACGAUGACGAGAAUCAAAUUAAAUGAAUCCGACCUAUUCUGAGGUAGGGAAGCGGACGAGCAAGAGAGCGACAACGAGGGUGAGAGGCGAUCACGAGUCAAG